AGGAGCAGACAGAUCAUCCUAGGUUGGAUUAACCAAGCACCAUGCAGUGGUCAACUUACCUUGCCUUAUUCUUCGCUGUUUUUUGCGCCCAGAGCUACUCAGCUCUGGGGCAAGGAGCCUCAGUAUGGUCAAGCCCCCAAAUGGCCGAGAACUUCAUGAACGGCUUCUCCGUGGCUCUUUCGCAAGCUGGAGCAUUCAGUGGGCAGGAGAUGAAAGACUUCGAUGAUGUCAGAGAUAUCAUGAACUCUGCAAUGGACAAGAUGAUAAGGUCCGGGAAAAGUGGCCGUGGCGCGAUGAGGGCCAUGAACGCAGCGUUCGGCUCAGCUAUUGCAGAAAUCGUUGCUGCUAACGGCGGAAAAGAAUACCAAAUAGGCGCAGUUCUAGAUGCAGUUACUAAUACUCUUCUACAGCUGACCGGAAAUGUUGAUAACGGUUUUCUCAAUGAAAUCAGUCGACUCAUCACGCUAUUUAGCAGUGUAGAAGCAAACGAUAUAUCAGCAUCUGCGGGGGCAGAUGCAUCCGGAAGUUCAGGUCCAGUAGGUGGAUACUCAUCCGGAGCAGGAGCAGCAGUUGGACAGGGAACAGCUCAGGCUGUAGGAUACGGAGGAGGAGCACAAGGAGUUGCAUCAAGUGCUGCUGCCGGAGCAACAAAUUAUGCUCAAGGCGUGUCUACCGGAAGUACACAAAAUGUCGCAACUUCCACUGUCACAACAACAACAAAUGUUGCAGGUUCAACUGCAACAGGAUACAACACCGGAUAUGGAACAGGUGCAGCAGCAGGAGCAGCCGCUGGCGCAAGCUCUGGAUACGGAACAGGCUAUGGAACCGGAACUGGAGCAGGUGCUGGUGCUGGUUCAGGCGCUGGUUAUGGUGCUGGUGCAGGAGCGGGAGCUGGUUCAGGCGCUGGUUAUGGUGCCGGUGCAGGAGCCGGAGCUAGUUCAGGUGCUGGUUAUGGAGCUGGUGCAGGAGCUGGAUACGGUGCUGGUGCAGGAGCAGGGGCUGCUUCAGGUGCUGGUUAUGGAGCUGGUGCAGGUACUGGAUACGGUGCUGGUGCAGGAGCAGGAGCUGCUUCAGGUGCUGGUUAUGGAGCUGGUGCAGGAGCAGGUGCAGGUUCUGGAUACGGUGCUGGUGCAGGAGCUGGAGCCGGAUCUGGUUAUGGCGCGGGUGCAGGAGCAGGAGCAGGAGCCGGAGCAGGAUCUGGUUACGGCGCUGGUGCAGGAGCUGGAGCAGUAUCUGGUUACGGCGCUGGAGCGGGAGCAGGAGCAGGUGCAGGAUCUGGUUACGGCGCUGGUGCAGGAGCUGGAGCAGGAUCUGGCUACAGUACUGGAGCAGGAUAUUCUGCAGGUGCUGCGGCAGCUGGCAGCAGUUCGAGCACUCAAGUAACAACUCAACAAACUGUUACAUCACAGGCUUCUGCAGCAGGAGCUGGAUACGGAGUUGGCGCAGGAGCUGGAGCUGCAGCUUCUGCAGGAAGCGGCACUCGAGCUGGAUAUGGUACUGGUGCGGGGGCAGGAGCUGGAGCUGGAGCUGGAGCUGGAGCAGGAGCUGGCUACGGUGCAGGUGCCGGAGCUGGUUAUGGUGCUGGUUCAGGAGCUCGUGCAGCAGCCGGCGCAGGGGCUGGGUACGGCAGUGGAGCAGGAGCUGGUGCAGGAUCUGGUUACGGCAGUAGGGCAGGAGCGGGAGCUGGGGCUGGUGCUGGAGCUGGUGCCGGCUACGGUGCUGGUGCUGGAGCAGGAUCUGGUGCCGGCUACGGUGCUGGUGCUGGAGCAGGAUCUGGUGCUGGCUACGGUGCUGGAGCUGGAGCAGGAUCUGGUGCCGGCUACGGGUCUGGUGCUGGAGCAGGAUCUGGUUACGGUGCUGGUGCAGGAGCUGGAGCAGGAUCUGGUUACGGCGCUGGUGCAGGAGCUGGAGCAGGUUCUGGCUACGGUGCUGGUGCAGCAGCAGGAGCUGGCGCAGGAGCAGGAUCUGGUUACGGCGCUGGUGCUGGAGCUAGAGCUGGGGCUGGGGCUGGGACUGGUGCUGGCUACGGAAGUGGUUAUGGAGCAAGCAGUGGUUCCGGAGCUGGAGCAGCUGCAGGCUCAGGAGCUGCAGCUGGGGCUGGGUAUGGUACUGGAGCAGGAUAUUCAACUGGUGCUGCAUCGGCUGGCAGCAGUUCAAGCACUCAGGUAAUAACUCAAGAGACUGUUACAUCACAGGCAUCAUCUGGCGCAUCUGGAGCAGCAUCUGGUUACAGUGCUGGAUCAGGAGCGGGAGCAGCAGCAGGAGCUGGAGCAGGAUCUGGUUAUGGUGCUGGAGCAGGAGCCGGAGCAGGAUCUGGUUACGGUGCAGGUGCAGGAGCAGGAGCAGGAUCUGGCUACGGCGCUGGUGCAGGAGCUGGAGCAGGAUCUGGGUACGGCGUAGGUGCAGGAGCUGCAGCAGGAUCCGGUUACGGCGCCGGUGCAGGAGCUGGAGCAGGAUCAGGUGCUGGUUAUGGAGCUGGUGCAGGAGCAGGUGCAGGUGCUGGAUACGGUGCUGGUGCAGGAGCAGGAGCUGCUUCAGGUGCUGGUUAUGGAGCUGGUGCAGGAGCAGGUUCUGGAUACGGUGCUGGUGCAGGCGCUGGAGCAAGAUCUGGUUACGGCGCUGGAGCAGGGGCAGGAGCUGGAGCAGGAUCUGGAUACGGGGCUGGUGCAGCAGCAGGUGCAGGAGCUGGUUACGGCGCUGGCGCAGGAGCUGGAGCAGGAUCUGGCUACAGUACUGGAGCAGCAUAUUCUACAGGUGCUGCGUCAGCUGGCAGCAGUUCAAGCACACAAGUAACAACUCAACAAACUGUUACAUCACAGGCUUCUGCAGCAGGAGCUGGAGCUGGAGCAGGAGCAGGCUACGGUGCAGGUGCCGGAGCUGGUUAUGGUGCUGGUUCAGGUGCAGGAGCUGCUUCAGGUGCUGGUUACGCAGCUGGUGCCGGAGCAGGUGCAGGUGCUGGUGCUGGUUAUGGUACCGGUGCAGGAGCAGGAGCUGGUUAUGGAGCUGGGGCAGGAGCUGGAGCUGGCGCAGGUGCUGGAUACGGUGCAGGUGCAGGAGCUGGAUCAGGAUCUGGCUACGGUGCUGGUGCAGGAGCCGGAGCAGGAUCUGGUUACGGCACUGGUGCAGGAGCAGGAGCAGGAGCUGGAGCAGGAUCUGGAUACGGCGCUGGUGCAGGAGCAGGUGCAGUAUCUGGUUACGGCGCUGGUGCAGGAGCUGGAGCAGGAUCUGGCUACAGUACUGGAGCGGGAUACUCUACAGGUGCUGCCUCAGCUGGCAGCAGUUCGAGCACUCAAGUAACAACUCAACAAACUGUUACAUCACAGGCUUCUGCAGCAGGAGCUGGAGCAGGAGCUGGCUACGGUGAAGGUGCCGGAGCUGGUUAUGGUGCUGGUUCAGGAGCAGGAGCUGCUUCAGGUGCUGGUUACGGAGCUGGUGCAGGAGCAGGUGCAAGUGCUGGUGCUGGUUCAGGUGCUGGUUAUGGUGCCGGUGCAGGAGCAGGAGCUGGUUAUGGUGCCGGUGCAGGAGCAGGAGCUGCUUUAGGUGCUGGUUAUGGAGCUGGGGCCGGAGCUGGAGCUGGCGCAGGUGCUGGAUACGGUGCAGGAGCUGGAGCAGGUGCUGGAUACGGUGCAGGAGCUGGAGCAGGAUCUGGCUACGGUGCUGGUGCAGGAGCUGGAGCAGGAUCUGGCUACGGUGCUGGUGCAGGAGCUGGAGCAGGAUCUGGCUAUGGUGCUGGUAGAGGAGCUGGAGCAGGAUCUGGCUACGGUGCUGGUAGAGGAGCUGGAGCAGGAUCUGGAUACGGUGGUGGGUCAAGAGCAGGAGCAGGAACUGGUGCGGGAGCUGGAGCAGGAUCUGGUUACGGUUCUGGUGCAGGAGCCGGAUCUGGCUACGGGGCUGGUGCAGGUGCUGGAGCAGGAUCUGGUUACGGCACUGGUGCAGCAGCUGGAUCAGUAUCUGGUUACGGCGCUGGUGCAGGAGCUGGAGCAGGAUCUGGUUACGGCGCUGGUGCAGGAUCUGGUUACGGUGCUGGUGCAGGAGCUGGAGCUGCCGCUGGAGCAGGAUCUGGAUAUGGCGCUGGCGCAGGAGCUGGAGCAGAAUCUGGAGCAGGAUCCGGUUACGGCGCUGGUUCAGGAGCUGGAGCAGGAUCGGGUUACGGUGCUGGUGCAGGAGUAGGAGCUGGUGCUGGAGCAGGAUCUGGUUACGGCGCUGGUGCAGGAGCUGGAGCAGGAUCUGGUUACGGCGCUGGUGCAGGAUCUGGUUACGGUGCUGGUGCAGGAGCUGGAGCUGCCGCUGGAGCAGGAUCUGGAUAUGGUACCGGAUCAGGAGCAGGAGCAGGAUCAGGUUACGGUGCUGGUGCUGGAGCAGGAUCUGGUUACGGUGCUGGGUCAUCUGCAAGUGCUGGCUCUGCUAUAAAUACACAAACUGUAACAAGUAGCACAACAACUUCAUCACAAUCAUCUGCAGCUGCGACUGGAGCAGGUUAUGGUACAGGGGCUGGAACUGGUGCUUCUGCAGGAGCAGCAGCAUCGGGUGCAGGUGCUGGAUACGGAGGUCAAGCAGGUUACGGACAAGGAGCUGGUGCUUCAGCAAGAGCAGCAGGAUCUGGUUAUGGUGCUGGAGCUGCGGCAGCAGCAGGAUCCGGUUACGGUACUGGUGCAGGAGCUGGAGCAGGCUCUGGUUACGGUGCUGGAGCAGGAGCAGGAUCUGGUUACGGUGCUGGUGCAGGAGCUGGAGCAGGAUCUAGUUACGGUGCUGGUGCAGGAGCUGGAGCAGGAUCUGGUUACGGUGCUGGAGCUGCAGCAGGAUCUGGUUACGGUGCUGGUGCAGGAGCUGGAGCAGGCUCUGGUUACGGUGCUGGAGCUGGAGCAGGAUCUGGUUACGGUGCUGGUGCAGGAGCUGGAGCAGGAUCUGGUUAUGGUGCUGGUGCAGGAGCUGGUGCUGGAGCAGGAUCUGGUUAUGGUGCUGGUGCAGGAGCUGGAGCAGGAUCCAGUUAUAGUGCUGGUGCAGGAGCUGGAGCAGGUUCUGGUUACGGCGCUGGGUCAUCUGCAAGUGCAGGAUCCGCAGUAAGUACACAAACUGUGUCAAGUAGUGCCACAACUUCAUCACAAUCAGCUGCAGCUGCAACUGGAGCAGCUUAUGGUACACGGGCUAGUACUGGAUCUGGUGCUUCAGCAGGAGCAGCAGCAUCUGGAGCAGGCGCUGGAUACGGAGGUCAAGCAGGUUACGGACAAGGAGGUGGUGCAGCUGCAUAUGGGGCAGGAGCUGGUAGUCAAGCUGCUUACGGACAAGGAGCCAGUGGAUCAUCAGGAGCUGCAGCAGCAGCUGGUGCAGGCGCUGGAUAUGGAGGACAAGUAGGUUAUGGACAAGGAGGCGGUGCAUCAUCAGGAGCUGCAGCAGCAGCUGGUGCAGGCGCUGGAUAUGGAGGACAAGCAGGUUACGAACAAGGAGCCGGUGCAUCAGCAGGAGCAGAAGCAACAGCAUCAUCGGCAGGCGCUGGAUAUGGAGGACAAGCAGGUUAUGGACAAGGAGCCGGCGCUUCAGCAGGAGCAGCAGCAGCUGGUGCAGGCGCUGGAUAUAGAGGACAAGCAGGUUAUAUUCAAGGAGCCGGUGCAUCAGCAGGAGCAGCAGCAGCUGGAAGACAGGUAGGUUAUGGACAAGGAUCCGGUGCAUCAUCUGGAGCAGCAGCAGCUGGUGCAGGCGCUGGAUAUGGAGGACAAGCAGGUUAUGGACAAGGAGCCGGCGCUUCAGCAGGAGCAGCAGCAGCUGCUGGUGCAGGUGCUGGAAGGCAAGCAGGUUACGGACAAGGUGCCGGUGCAUCAGCAGGAGCAGCAGCAGCAUCUGGUGCAGGCGCUGGAUAUGGAGGACAAGCAGGUUAUGGACAAGGAGCCCGUGCUUCAGCAGGAGCAGCAGCUGCUGGUGCAGGUGCUGGAAGACAAGCAGGUUAUGGACAAGGAGCCGGUGCAUCAGCAGGAGCAGCAGCAGCUGGUGCAGGCGCUGGAUACGGAGGUCAAGCAGGUUAUGGACAAGGAGCCGGAGCAUCAGCAGGAGCAGCGGCAUCUGGUGCAGGCGCUGGAUACGGAGGUCAAGCAGGUUAUGGACAAGGAGCCGGAGCAUCAGCAGGAGCAGCGGCAGCUGGUGCAGGCGCUGGAUAUUUAGGACAAGCAGGUUAUGGACAAGGAGCCGGUGCAUCAGCAGGAGCAGCAGCUGGUGCAGGCGCUGGAUACGGAGGUCAAGCAGGUUACGGACAAGGAACUGGCGCUGCUGCAAGCGCUGCAGCUUCUAGUGCAGGAGCCGCUAGUUCACAAGUUGUAUCCAGAACAACGACAACCACGUCACAAUCCGCAGCAGGAGGAGCUGCUUCUGGAUAUAGUACAGGGGUUGGGUCUGGAGCGGCAGCUGCUACUUCAGGUGCUGGAUAUGGAGGACAAAGAGGAUACGGAACCGGAGCAGGUGCAGCAGCAGGAGCUGCAGCUUCCGGCACAGGAGCUGGAUAUGGAGGUCAAGCUGGAUACGGACAAGGUGCAGGAGCCUCAUUAGCAGCAGCCGCAUCAGCUGCUAGCAACCGAAUUGUAUCUGCUCCAGCUGUCAACCGAAUGAGCGCAGCAUCUUCAACUCUUGUUUCUAACGGCGCUUUUAACGUCGGUGCUCUUGGUUCAACGAUUUCAGAUAUGGCUGCACAGAUCCAAGCUGGUUCACAAGGACUUUCCAGUGCAGAAGCAACUGUGCAAGCUCUUCUUGAAGUAAUUUCGGUUCUUACACACAUGCUCAGUUCGGCAAACAUUGGAUACGUCGAUUUCAGUCGUGUUGGAGAUUCCGCAUCUGCUGUCUCUCAAUCAAUGGCCUAUGCCGGUUAAGCACUUCUUCAAUGUUUAAUUAUUUUUAUGUAAUUAUUCUGAGAAAUAAAAGGACAGAAUGCUUUUUUGUGAAA